GAGGAGUUCAUUUCCCUCAACGACCAAGGUAUCCUAUACAAUUUUGAUGACCAUGCGGCCCUUACUCAGCAAGUACAUCUCUGCUCUGACAACAUCGAUAAUAUUGUGGCCCGAGGGUAUUUGUACGAGCAUGUGGGUGAGAUCAAAGUUCACUGCCAGGAUUACGAUGAUUCACAUGCUCGGAUCAUGGUUUCGGAAAUCCUGCAAGAGGACGCUGAAAUCCCAGUCCCACUUGAAGAGUUCAGAUAUGUUAGGGACGUGUACCAGAUGUUCCUUCCUUGGCCUAAACACUUAAUUUUAACAACCGAGGGUCCACUCGCUCAACCGCCCUCAAGACGUGAUGCGUCAAAGGGGAAAGCUCCGAUGCUUUCUCCACAAAGCCGUGGUGCACGGGAAGAUGAGUUGUUCACGGAAGAGAAGAUGGCGUUGAUCCCUAAUUCGCUGAAAUGGAUGAUUCAUGAAUUCCUAAGGCUCAAAGAUAAACAUGAUAUAAUCACAAUUUCUGUCCCCCGAGGAUUCAUUGCACCGCGUACCCAGAUCAUUUUAUCUGGAGAGGAUUUGCAGCAGGUUGCUACGUGUAACUACAUCGGCAACCAGGGAAUGUUGUUUGGAAUGAUGUAUACUCUUCUUUAAUCUAAUUAACCUUAUAUCAAAUUAUAGUUAAAUUAUUAUAAGGCACUAACACUUUUUUUUGGCAGGCACAUAUGGGA